UAUACAUGCUCACUUUCUUUUUCUCUCUCUAAUUAGCUUUUGCUUUGCUCUUUCUUCAACUAAAAAAAGUACACACACAGCUCCCAUUUCCAUUCCAUUCCCUCUUCCCCACAACUUCAAUCUAUACAUACAACAAGUUGAGAGGUGGCUUCACUUUUGUUAGAAUACAGAAAGCAAUGAGGCCAUUAUCUGCUGGUUCAGUUGGAUAAAGAUUUUAUUAAGGAUAUAAAGAUGGGAGGUUGCUGCUGCUGCUUUUCUUCAAAAGGAGUAGAACUCAACAGCUCACCCCGAUUCUAUCAUUAUCCAAUAGCAUCAGAAGAGCGCCAACCUCUAUCGUCAAACAAUGGUGCAGCUUCUGUCCUUUCAACAGGGCUUUUAGUUGAUACAAAUCUUGAAACGUCUAUACCCGAUACCUACAGGCCUCCUCCUGCACCUAUACCAUAUGAUGUGAGUGCUGGACCUCCUCGGAGUCCAUUGAACAAUCGAGAACCUUCUGGAAUUAAACAAGAACUACCUGUUCCAACAAAUAAUGCCGUGUCUGUUGGAGAAAUAAGUGUUAAUGGCAGUGGUGAAACUGUCACUAAAGAAGCAAAGGGAUCUGAUUGCAAAGAGAUUACCAACAUUGAACUUGUUGAAACGAAAGAAACAGAAUCUGAGAUCGAGAAGUCUGGUGAACUCAAGAAGCCCAGUGGACCUAAUUUACCUCCUGAAGAGUGCCCCACAUGUCUUGAAGAAUAUGACGAAGACAACCCAAAAAUAGUCACAAAAUGCGAACAUCAUUUUCACUUGUCAUGCAUUCUUGAAUGGAUGGAGAGAAGUGAUACAUGUCCUGUGUGUGAUCAGGAAAUGAUAAUCAACUUCCCUGUUAAUGAUUAGCGUUGUGGAAUUAUGUGAUCAAGUGUCCAAGGUAAAGAAUGCACUGGGGGGUUGAAUUACUUCUCGGGUUUUCUAGUAGCAACCAUACUUUUGGGUUCUCUUCUCUUUUUUUUCCCCUCCUUUCUCCGAUGCUUCAUUUUCUUGUCCAUUCCAUUGGGAAAACAAAUAAAACCUUAAAAAAAAAUUAAAUAUCAAGGAGAAAAGUCUUAUGGAGAUUGACAAAACCAUAUCACUCAUUUACUUUUCCUUUAGCGGUGCUAUCUGCCCUCUGUUGGAGAUAUGUUGGAGCAUAUGGGAAGAUGGUUUGAUGAACAAAAAAUGUUAGAAAAUGAAUUAUUUUGUACAGGAGUCUGAGUCUUGAUGUUGGCCUUUAUACUUGUUUGUAGAAAGAGUUGUUAAUGUGCAGGGUUUGAAUUUUCAACAUGUUCUCAUCAUUUUAAUUUAUAGAUUUGUUUCAAGUCGCAAUGUUUUGACAAAA